AUGCUCAAGAUUCUUGAGAUGUAUAUGCGGUCUUGUCAGGUUUGUGGUCCCUGUGAACUCUCCAGUGCUCCAUCUCCGAGUACGAUACACCAGCUGCUCAAGAUGCCUUAUGCUCUUGCGGGACGUAACGUCCUCAUUACUGGAGGCUCAAGAGGUCUCGGAGCAGAGAUUGCUCGCAAGUUCGCAGCAGAGCGUUGCAAUGUAGCCAUCAACUACGCAAACAACGAGCAGCCGGCACAAGAUCUCGCGAAAGAGCUCCAGUCAGACCACAACGUGAAGACCACCGUGGUCAAGGGUGACGGCGGCAUGGUAUCCGACAUCAAGAACUGCAUCAAAACCACCAUCGACGCCUUCGGCGGCCUCGACAUCAUCAUCGGCAACGCUGGUUUCACCAAGUUCUCAAAUUUCAAAGACCUCGACGCCAUGUCUUACGAAGAGUGGGACAAGUGCUGGAACACCAACGUCAAAGGCAACCACGCUCUUCUCAAAGAAGCCCUCCCCACCCUCAACGCCAAUCCCGACGGUGGCGUUUUCAUCCUGACCAGCAGUGUCGCAGGCAAGUCUCUCAGUGGGAGCAGCAUGGCGUAUAGCGUUACGAAGGCGGCGCAGAUCCAUCUUAUGAAGUGCUUGGCCCACACGCAGGGACCUAAGAUCAGAGUCAAUGCGGUUCUGCCAGGGUUGUUGUUGACGGAUUGGGGGAAUCUUUAUGGGGAUGACAGGAUUAAUGGGUUGAAGAAUGUGGCGGCGUUGAAGAAGGAGACGGAGUUGGGGGAUUGUGCGCAGAUGUUUGUGGAUAUUGCGAGGAAUACGAGUAUGACUGGGCAGGCGGUGCAUGUCGAUUCUGGCUUGGUGCCGUUCGUCUGA